AUGCCUGGCCACGCCCCCUCCCUCCCGCCGCCCUGCAGCUGUCAGUGGAGCAUCGAGCCCCGCCCCGCCGCAGACCACGCCCCCUCCGAGACACCUAGGCCGCUCGCCUGCCUCCUGAUUGAGCUGCUCACGCUUUCUCUUCUCCUAUGUGACUGGGCUGCCAGCAUGGGGACACUGCUGCUAUCUGCUGUCCUGCAACUGGUCGCACUGGGUCUGGUGAGCGCAGGCUGCCCGGUGGUCUGCGAGUGUCCGGCGGGACCCCCAUCCUGUCCCCCAGGGGUCAGCUCGGUGCCGGACGGCUGCGGCUGCUGCAAGGUGUGCGCCGCCCAGCUCAACCAGGAUUGCCACGAAGGACGGCCCUGCGACCACCACAAGGGCCUGGAGUGCAACUACGGCAAUGAUGUAGGCCGCACCCACGGCAUCUGCAGGGCUAAGGCCGAGGGCCGCUCCUGCGAAUACAACGGGCGGAUCUAUCAAAACGGCGAGAACUUCCGCGCCGGCUGCAAACACCAGUGCACCUGCAUCGACGGAGCGGUGGGCUGCGUGCCCCUGUGCCCCAGCCACGUGCCCCUGGCGUCCCCCUCCUGUCCGGCCCCUCAGCUGGUCAAGGUGCCCGGCCAGUGCUGCCUCAGCAUCGACUGCCACAAGGGAACCGCCGUCGUGCCCCCGGCGCACAGACGACCCAAACCUCCGGUCUACCCGCCUUACCCCUUCAUCCCCUACCCGGCCUACCCCUUCCCCAAGUCGUACCCCAAACCCUACCGGAAGCUGUACCCCUACAAGCCCAAGAAGGAGAAGGACACCAUGGGCAACGAGCUGGUGGAGGUGGGGCGCAAGUGGGACAAGCCACGUGGAAACAAGCACCUGGCGGCGUGGAGGCAGAUGGGCGACCAGUGUGUGGUUCAGACGACUUCCUGGUCCCAGUGUUCCCGGAGCUGUGGGAUGGGCGUGUCCUCUCGCGUUACCAAUGACAAUGCCCGCUGUAAGCUGAUCAAGGAGACGCGCCUGUGCAACAUCCGGCCCUGCAGCUCCAUGUCCAUCCCUGUCAAGAAAGGAAGAAAGUGCUCUCGUACCCACAAGGCCCCGGAGCCCCACCGCCUGUCCUACGCCGGCUGCCGGACCACUCGUCUGUACCGGCCCAACUACUGCGGCGUGUGCCGGGACGGCCGCUGCUGCUCGCCCCGCCGCACGCGCACCGCCAGCGUGGCGUUCACCUGCCCCGACGGCGAGCGCUUCAACCGCUCCGUCAUGUUCAUCCAGUCCUGCAAGUGCAGCGACGAAUGCAACCAUCUCAAUGAGGCCGCCAUGCCGCCACAGCGAUGGCUCUACGGAGACACACACAAGUUCAUCGACUAG